UUCUUCUAAAGACGACCUUUCCCUACUUUCAAUAUGGCUACUAGUUUGCCUCACAAGAAGCUUUACCAGUUCAACCCGCGCGAGGUAGCGGAGGAGCUAUGUCUGUUAGAUGCAGACCUUCUGCGGAGGAUCUUACACACUGAGUUAGAAGGAGGUGUGUGGAUGAAGAAGGAUAAGAAACAUGCUCUAGCCCCUAACGUCAUGGCGAUGGUGGGCAUGUUUAAUCAACUGGCUCUCGUUAUACCAACUGAGAUUCUGUCAGAGACCACCUCUCAUGCAAGGGCAAAGGUCAUCGCUGCCUUCAUACAGGUUGCAUCCAAGUGUGCGUCUGUCCACAACUAUAACUCUCUCAAGGCAGUACUGGCAGGGCUACAGUGUACACCUAUCUUCAGACUUAACAAAUCAUGGAAGGACGUUCCCUCUAAGAGGAGAAAGCGUUUCCAGGUACUCACUCAACUAAUGUCAGAGGAGCAUAACUGGCUUGACUAUCGCAAGGAGCUACAAUCCAAGAUGGCAUCUAAUUCUUCCUUUAUUCCCUUCCUUGGAGUGUACCUAUCUGAUGCUGCCAUGUCUCAGGAAGCUAGUUCCCUGGCUCAAAGAUUUGGGAGACCACACCAAGACAGGAGGAGGAGCAGUAGUGCACUGUAUGAUACCUACGCCAUCUUAGAGCCCAUCACUAUUCGACACAGACUAGAGAAACUACGCAGUCUCAACUCUGUGGAGGGCCAAGAAGAAGUGGAUCAUGGUGGUACUUCGUUCUCCACUCAGUCUGACAGUGAUCAUGAGGAUGACACAGACUCAUUCCAUUCAGCCAAGAGCAGCUUCUCCCCUGCUAAGCCACGCCCCCUCCCCUUCCCUAUACGAUCACAUCCUCAGACAGUCACAGAAUGGGACGUCACUGAAUGGCUAACACGUGCAGGGCUGCAAGAUUAUGCCCAAAGCUUUGUUGAUAAUGGUUACGAGACUGUGGAGUUGUGUGCCAACCUCACGGGGAGGGACUUGACUGGUAUCGGAGUAACUAAUAAGCAACAUCGCAGCCUCUUACACGCCCACUCCAGGAAAUUAUUGGCACAUGACUGCUGUCCUAUUCUAGCUCAACCUAUUCCUAAUCCCAAGGUUGUCAAGGGCAACGACCUCUCUGGCAGCCUAGAGUGUUUAAUGAAUGCGGUGAAUCAUGACUCACAUAACGAUCAUCUUAUGAGCAAGUCAUCUAGUCUACGCUCACUCGAGGCUCCACCCACUCACAAGCGUACUCUCUCUGACAUGCCAGUAACUACUGCGAUGCUCUCCAUUGGCAAAGAGUCCCACAGAAGAAUCAACUCUGAUACCAGCUCUGACCAUGUGCACAGUUUUACUGGACUCCCUCCCCAACUUCCUCUACACAGUCAAGCCUCCUGUCAUGUCUACUCACCCAACAAGGCUGCUAAAGUUGACUCCUCACCCCUCAGAGAGACGGCUUCUACUAAACUCAAGAGCUGGCUGUCUGAUCAUCAUCAUCAGAAAGUGACGUUCCCUUUAAUCAGGAAGAAGAGCAGCAAAGGGAUGGUACACACAUCUUCAUCUCCAGUGCUAACCCAUCGCCCUCGUCGCAACAGCAGUGGCACUGUCCCAUCACAACUAGCAGCACACGAAUCAACACACCCAAGCAACUUACUGUCAGCCUAUAAGUUGCUGAGUCUAGGUUGCACGACUGGACUAGUGAGUAACACAGCACUGAGGCUGGUCAUCACCAAGGCACCGCACAACACAGAGGCACAAAACUAUAAACUCUCUUAUCAACUGGAAACUGACUCUUAGCCAAUUAUUGCAUUUAUUAUUGUGCACAAGAGUUGUUGUCCAUUAUAGUAAUAACAUUAUUCAUUGACUUGAUAA